UUUUAUUUUUAUUUUUGGACAGGAUACAAAAAUUUGUUUAAAUUUAUUCACGAUGACUUCGUUGAAUAUAUCUGAUGGCGAUUGUAUAUUGAACGAAAGCAGGCUUGUACAUAUACUACUGAUUCCAAUACCUUUUGUGUCGGGAAUUCUUAACCUUGUAGUUUGGUUGUCGGCCACCGUGUACCGCGAGAAGCUAUUACGUCAGAGCUACGUCUACUCUUGCGUCACCAGCACGUUGCUUAGCAACGUUUGCUUUUUAGGGUUCCACGUUUGGGAUGAGUUCGGUGCAUUUCUAAUGCCACCUCUCAUGUCUGUUAUUCCACCCGGACCAAAAAUGCAGGUGAUGUGGGCGCUGUGUGCUUCAGGAGCAAUCUCCCUUAUGUUCGUCAUGUGCGGAAACCUCUCAGUUCUAAUCUAUGUCAUGUUAGACAGCACCUACUUUCAAUUGCCCAAACGAACAUCGUCUCGCCAACGCCAUACAUCAAGAAAUCUUGAUGUCAAACGGCGCAAAGCAGCAUUCCUCAUCGCUCUCUCCUGGUUGUUGCCGCUAGCUCUUACCAUUGCCGCGGUCAUGGACUGGAACUGCACGGAGAAAUGUGACUGCUCGCCCGGCUCAAUGGGCGAACUUUGCCCCAGGAGUAAAGGUUGUUCAGUCAUCUGGCCACCACUGACCAAUUCCUUUAUGGCAGUGAAUAUAGCUCUGUGGUUUGUUGAGAUAACCUCUCUUGCUAUUCUCACUGUCACCGGAAUACGUCACUUCCAAGCGUCACGUGACCACAUGACGUCAUCAGUGGUUCAAACGGUCUCCAGUGGCCCAGACAACGAUCCGUCUGCGAAAUCAGGAAACGCAACCGAACUAUCUGAUGCGUCUGCUGGUGUUAACACACCGCCAGAAGCGGCCGUACCAAGCAACAACACAAGAAACAAAAAUAUCCUAAGAGCACUAAAGCUUAACCCUCGUUUACGGCUCGUGGCUUCACUUAGUACUUUAUUUAUAACAUGUACCAUUCCGCUUGGCGUUGUGUUUUUGGUGGACGUUAGAAGCUCUUCAAUUAACGUGGUAGCCGGACGCCUGGUAUCCAUGCUUGGCGUGCAACUGUACACUCUAUUCUGCCCUAUCCUUUUGCUGAUAUACAUGUCGAGUCUCAAAACUGCUUUAAUCCGUUUAAUAACUGCAAUACUGUUCUGUUUUCGGUAAAAAAAGGAAAGAAAUACGACUGUAUAUUUUAUGCACAUAUUUUAACUCAAACGAAUGUAUAUAAAGCGGCUAUAUGAAAUAAAACCAAACCACAAGGAAAAA